AAGGAAGUGAACACUUGAAACAGAAAGUAGCUCAGCAGAACGGAAAACAAGUCCUGUGGAUGUGUAUACGUAAUAAAACCCGGAAUAUCACGCAACCAUUUGAAAGAGUGACAGCCUUUGUGCCUGCAAUGCUGCUCCAUCCGGCAGCGCAAACACCUGGAAUAACAGUGAUGCUGAAGAAAGGAGACAUCACUAAAGAGAGCACGGACGCCACAUUGAACAAGACCUUGGACUUCACUGUCAGUGUGCCUGGGGAGAUACUGGAAGCUGCAGGUUCCCAGCCAGAUGAUGGUGGGCAGCUGCAGCGCUCAAAUAUAGUGCACGCGGUAAAACACAAGACUGCGGCUCUCAUUACAGCAUCAGUAGAAAAGAUCGACAGGAUCCAAAAUCGCAAACUUUGGCGGAGUUACUCGGUCAGGAAGCAGACGGUGGAUAGAAAGUAUCCUAAUGUGGUAAAUGAGCAGAUCCUGUAUCGCGGGAUCACAGGAUGAAAUUGCCCACGAAGUGAAGGGGACAGGCUUCAACAAAGCUUUUGUGGCAGAAACGCCAUAUCUUAUGGAAGAGGCACUUACUUUGCCAAAAACGCCCAAUACUCAUGUGACAACAAGUACUCCAGCCCCAGCGACCAGGGAUACAGAUACAUGUUUCAGGCACGAGUGAUAACUGGGAAGUUGUGCCUGGGGAACAGAUCGAUGCCGGAACCAACUCCAGUAGAUUCAAACAAGGAUCCGACUAAUCUCUGACUGUGCGGUGGACAGCAUAUUAAACCCGUCCGUUUUUGUUAUUUUUUGUGAUGACGGGGCUUAUCCCGAAUACUCAAUAACCCUUAAAAUGUAAGGAACAGCACAUUUGGGAGAAUAUUGAGGAAGAAAUUCCACGCGGGGCUUGAUUUAUUCUGACUUUCUUAACCUUUUAGAAUUUGGCAAACUGUUUAAUUCAUUUUUAACGUUGAAAGCAAUUUUCUGUCGUUCCUAAAAGAAAAGGCAAAAAAAAAAUUAAAACAGCAUUUCAGAACUUGCCGAUUUCUGGGCCCUCUGGAAUGCUAAGAAAAUAGAGUAGUUUUUCACCCACGGAACAAUUUUAACCCCACUAUGAUUUGUACCUUGCUUAAGCUUAACUUAAGCUUAGGCUUAAGACUGCUUAACAGUCCUGUAUCCUUGAUGAAUCUCAAGGUCAGAUCAGAUGAAGAAGGACCUUUGGCUCAUUUGAUCUCAUUGUCCUAGAAAAUCCACCUGACUGUCCUUCCAUCACAGCUAUACUUAAAUGAACACAGUGACCGAACCUCAACCCUGCCCUUUCUGAUAACCUGUAUCACUGGUUAAUUAUCUUCUAUGUAAAAAUAAAUACUCCCUGGAGUCUGUCCUAAAGUUGCCCUUCACAAAAUUGAUCGCUGUUUCUUGACAUAACUGAAAGUAUUGGGUUGGGUUUACUUUAUCCCAUUUGACAUCUUAUAUAUCUCUGGAAGGUUUCAUCUGAGGAAUCUCUUUUUAAGGUUGAGGAAACCUUUUUAUCAAGAUGUUCCUCAUAACUCAUCCCUAUCCCACACUCUGGAACUCCAUCCCACUGU